CUCGACAGAGUGCUUUCAUGUUCCAAGCUGCGCAGAGCAAUCGAGUAGUCGAGAGGGCAGGCGCUUUAUUGUCAGGGAAUGCCAACACUUAAUCGCCGACAUUGGUACACCAAUACCGAGAUGGAUUGGAUGAAAGCAUGGAAGAAUACGAGGAAGGAGGAGAUGAGGUCUGUUGGAGGAGCAUUUACGGCGCAUGUACUUCCAAAUGCCUGAGUCCAGAAAGCAACGGAGUGAGGAGGCACCUACGACAAACCCGUAGGAAACAGGAUCGACGAACAUCGCGCCUCGGUUCUUCUCGGCGCAAGCAUCUCCAUUCGAUGGACCAUCUCGAUGGAGCCAAGGAGGGGUUUCCUGUUGCGGCAAAGCACUGCGAGGGCAGGGUUGGCAUUGCAACGCACGUAAAGCCCGCUGACACACCCUUACAUCUGCGCAAUUACAUCGAAACAUGUUGGCCAGGGCGCCCCAGACGGAGAUCACGAAAAAUGAUGGGCAACGUGGCAAUUAGGGGGGGCCUGGGGCACAGGCUGGCGGGCUUGCAGGGAUGCUGCUGUGCAGGCGGCUUUUCCACGUGCCGCGCGCGCGCAUCAAGAGAUCGGCAGCACGGUGUCGUGCCAAGUGGACGGCGAUGGGAGUCGGCAGAGGGGAUCGGCGCAGGCUCCGUCACGUCGGCGAAGCCGUGCAGGCAUUUCGAAGCUUCGAAGACGCAAAAGGUUGGAAGGUUGCCCCCUGUGGGGAUGGCUAAAAGCAGCAUGAGCGCUGAUCGGUUUCAUCACCGCCGCGUGGGCACGCUGGCUGAUCGCCGUGUCCGGAUGGGGAGGUGAUCGGGGGAUCUGCCACCAUAGCCGACGCGGAGAUUGCGCUGCUCUCUGGCCCGGGCAAGACGGCAGGACCGUGAUGUCCUCGCGGGGUGAAACCCGACAAACACUCGUGG